UGUUGUUUUGAUGUUCCUAAGGAAAUUGUCAAUUCACUUUACUGCAUUUAUACACAAAUCAUACACUGACAUUUUACUCUCAGUAUUUGAAAACGAUGAAUAACCAACCGGACGAAACCACAACGCAAUGCGAGAUGUGCCUGAAGGCCAAGAACUACGGCCACUUCGAGAGAGCCCACCAAAUACCGGUCGCCGAAAAAAACUCCAACAUAGUCAUCAAGACGCCACCGAAACCUGAAACGCCGCAGGUCCAGCCCCAGGAGGCGCCGGUUACUCCGCCGGCGGACUGCUGCUGCCACAGGAUGGUGCAGGAAGCUCCGGCCCAGGUUCAGGGACAAAACGCGGCCCCCCAAAAUCUGCCUGUCAACGAAGACGUCAAACCCAUCACGUCACCGAAUUUGGGGAUUCCGGGCAACUUUGAAUGCUACCUGCCGCAGCCCGAGGACAAGCUACCGGUGUUAGAGAAGCCUGGCUCAGGAGAAGGUAAAGCUGACUGGGGACACCUCGCCCUAAGAACCGGCACUAGACCAACCGUAGACAAGUACUCCAUAUACAAGUACGGCGAAUCCGAAUGGAGAGCGAAGAACAAAGAAAUUUUGGAAAUGGUGGCUAACGAGAACCACCGUUGCAAUCUCAUAGACUGGAACAGCUCGCAAGCUGUUGAAACUAGCUUGUUGCACGUUAACGGCAGCCAAUACACCAACACCAGACGCAUAAAUCAACGACACAUGGAAAUUUACAAAUGGAAAUGCGAACUGAAACGUGCGAUCGAUGCACUGGUCGACGAAAUUUGCAUGUUGGAGAAACAGAGGCAGCGCAUCAAAAGGGCCACUCACUGCUUGGAGAUGCCCGAAUCGAUUGCCCGGGAAUGCAUUGAAGUUAGAACGUCCAGAUCCAGGCCCGAACUGGUCAGAGACGACGUCGAAGUUGAACUGCUUAGAGAGGUUGAUUUGAUUGCCGAAGUGCGUGACGCCUUCACCAGAGUAUUGAAGGAUGUUGAAAAGCAAUUGGUCGAUAUAAAAACUGUCAAGUCCCGCAUCGAACACGACUGGAGCAACAAGAGCGUUGCUUACGCGAUAGAAACGUACAACGAAGUCCUUCCAGACAAUUUGAACACCAUUACGUUCAACGAAGGUUCAGUUGCUUGCCAGGAAGAACAAUCGGCCGCCGACUUCUGGCUGUACGCCACCAGAGAGAACCUCCAACUGUCCGAAGCGGCCAGACAAAGAUCAGUCACGCUAAGAAACACAACCGACAGCAUGAUCAGCGACUACUCCCACGAUUUGAGAACUCAAGCGGACAAAGUUGAGGUGGCACUGUCGCAGAAGAUAACCUGCGUACACGAACUCACCAAUAAACUGGACACCGAACUGAAAAUCACACUGUCCCGUCUGGCCGACGUCGAAAAACAAAUCAGCGCCAUCAGAUCGGCAAUCCGAGUCGCCGAUUACCCGCUCAAGGUGGCCCAGACCAGAUUGCAGAGCCGUACUGGCAGACCGGGAAUCGAGAACUGCAGGGAUCCCACCCAGUUCGCCUUGAUGGAGGAGGUGAAGACCAUCGGUGAAUACGUGGCCGCAUUGCAGUCGCAGUUGAAUCAGAAUUUUGACGCCCAAACUGAACUUAUAAAGGUUAGAUGCACGAUCGAGAAGGAGAUCAUGAACCAGAAGAAAACUUUGGACAUUGACAGAAUUCGCGUAUCCAAAAUACGUUCUUUCUAUCCUUCCAUUACCGUUUGGUCCGGAUACAAUUAGAUUGAUUCAUUUUUAUGACACUAUAUUGAUUAUUAUUUUCUCAUUUUGAUAAUAAAAAACACAAAAUUCUA